AAUUUAAUCAAAAAUAUUGCAAUUUUGAAAAAGUAAUAAAACAAAAUGUUAAAAGUUUCCUGUAAGUGUUGCAGUAAAUUGUUUAAAAUUUGCGUAUUUUUAAUAUUAAUGCUAAAUAGCAUUGUGACGUUUGCUCAUCCUUCGGCUACAUAUUCACGUGAUCGUUAUAAUGCCAAAUGCACUGAUCCCGAAACCAAUCGAGAGCUAUAUAUUGGCGAAGUUUUCACCCGACCUGGUCAAUGCAUACGCGUACAAUGUCUAGGAACUCUGCAAUUAUGGCAAGACAGAUGCCAAGUACCCCAGCUAGAGGGUAAUUGUUAUCGCCUGCCCAUCGCCAACGAAUUCCUAGAUUAUCCCCGUUGCUGUUCAAAUUACGAGUGUAAAUCUUCUAAAUCCGAUGAUAAAAGUACUACCGAUGAGACCCGUCUGUACGAUCAUUAUGGACGUUUGUUGCGAGAGCAUAUAACCCAAAGAGUCAAGGUGUUGAUCAAAGAACCGGGUACGAUAACAACGUUCAAUUACACUGAGGGUGGUAGAACGGUGCUGUCGACAAGAAAUGCCGGCGAUAAUAUGGAGUAUAAAAUAAAUAAUAAUAGUUAAAGGAAAUAACAAUUAAAUUAUUGAAAUUUUUUGGGUUUUCAUUAAAGGGCAUACAAAUUGUGUUGAGAUGCUAGCUUGACGAUUUUCAACCACGUUUUUUGUUUAAGAAAUUAUUAUUUUAAUAAAAUUUAUUUAUUUUCUCA